AUGUUCCAGUUCCACGCCUCCCACGACGCACACGCUCCCGCCGUGGUCCUGUCCCACCCUGCCCCGAAGGCCCACGUGCCUGUCCCAGUGCCCGUGAGCCACGACGUGGCGCACGUGGCGCACGAGCCCGUGGCGUACCACUACGACUACCACGUGGUGCCUCCGUGCGCGCUGGCCAAUCAGCAGGUGUACAACAUCACCGUGUGUCUGGACGACGCUGAGUACCCUACGGAGACGAUUUUGCACGAGUUGAAGAGAGACCCUCUGCUGACGGCGCGGCUCAUGAGUGACGUCACCUACCAGUCAGCUGAUAACCUGGUGGACGGUCUGACCAAGGCUGAGGAGGAGCAGUACUCGCGGCAGCACUACUACGGAGAGGCCGGACAUGACGCUCACCUGCCGACGACCAGCGGCUACGCCUACUCGGACAGUUACCAGCGUGACGGCGGCUACAUCUGCCCGUCUGACGUGUUCUAUGCCCGCGUGAAGCGCGCCGUCAACACCUACAACGAGUGGAAGGUGAUUGUGAACAUGCCGGACGCCUUCGUCCACGAUCCCGCCUACAAGCAGUACGUCCAGACUUCCCGUCUCGAGAGCUGCGUACACCCGGGCGGCGCGUGCAGCUUCGUGGACCACCUGUUCCCCUCCUCCUGUCUGCAGAAGCAUGCCUUCGUCCGCCUGGUGGCGUACGACCCCAAACGAGGCCUGCAUAUCGACUCCUUCAAGCUGCCCUCUGCCUGCUCCUGCCACCUGGCGCCGAAGGGUGGAGUUUACCGUGCGUGAUCGCUGCGCCCGAUGCUCCUGCCAUCUGCUGACCAGGAGGAAAGUCUGCCACGCGUCAUCACCAAAGCUGGUGGUGUUGCACUCUGAUUCACUUGCAGGGGCGUAGUUUCAACAAAUGAGUUUGGGGCUGAACAUUGAAAAAUGAUUCAGCUUACCGCCAAAAGAGGCCAACAAACAAGUCUCUCCCCAGAUUUGGCCCAUUUUCUUCCGUAACUUGGCGGGGAGCUGGAGUCAACGACCCCGCCCCCCCCGUCGGGGGGGGGGG